AUGCUCUCCGAGGCGCUCGAGCAGUGGGAAAACAGCGAUGUGGCGCGCGCAAAGUUGUAUGAUUCGCGUCUCGAGGCGACGUUUGAAGACGGCAAGGAGGAAGAGGAAGAGCAGCAGGACGACCUCGAAAAGACGAGCACCAUCCACUCGCUGCCGCCCAAGCCCGUGGACAAGAAACGUGGGGGGCAGGGGCCGGAGCGCGACCCAUUCCUUGUGACUUGGGAAUCGACCAACUCGGAGAAAGAAAACCCACGAACGUGGUCAUACUGGUACAAGGUGCGCGUACUGGCCUUGUAUGCCAUCUUUGGCGGGGUGGGCCCGUGGGUUAGUUCCAUGGUAUCCUCCGCCUCGAAUAUUAUUGGCGAGGAGCUACACUUUAAAAGUAGCACCGAGCAAAAUUUGAUGAUUGCCAUCUUCCUCUUGGCCUUUGUCUUUGGGCCGCUAAUCGCAGCCCCGAUCAGCGAAGCGGUGGGGCGCCGCCUCGUCGUGCUCGUAUGCAAUGUGCUUUUUAUUGUCUUUAAUAUUUCGUGUGCCGUUUCCCAGACAUCGACGCAGAUGAUUGUCCUGCGUUUCUUUACGGGAUUCUUUGGCGGUGCCAUGAUUCCUAUUGGCGGCGGGUGCGUCACAGAUCUGUUCGAGCCGCACCAGCGUGGCCAGACGAUGGCCAUGUACUCGAUCAUGCCCGUGCUGGGACCGUGCCUUGCGCCGGUCGUCAGCGGCUGGAUUAUCCAGGGGUGGGGCGAAGACAGGUGGCGCUGGAUCUUUUGGACGUCGACGUUUUUUGCGGUCGCUGUCCAGGUCACCGGCAUGCUGUUUACGCGCGAGUCAUAUGCGCCUGUCCUGCUCAAGGUCAAGGCAACCAGGCUCCGCAAAGAUACCGGCGACCAACGUUACCACACCAUCUUUGAAAAGAAAAGCGAGUCGCUGAGCGAAAAGGCACAGCGUAUCCUGUUGCGCCCAGUCAUUUUCAUUACCACCGAGCCGGUCGUGCUCUUUCCGGGGCUGUACAUGUCGAUCGUUUAUGGCUGCUUUUACCUGCUGAUCGCUGCGCUUCCGCGCGUCUUUCAGGGAAAAUACCAAUUUCCGGUCGGCAUUGCCUCGAUGCACAACCUCGCGCUAGGCGUCGGGCUGAUCAUCUGCGGCCAGAUCGAGGGAUACAUUAUCGACGUCUUGUACCGAAAGAUGUGCAAGUGGAAAGGAAAUGCGCGCCCAGAAUACAAGCUGCCGAUGCUCAUGGUCCUCGUAUUUGUCACGCCUUCUGGCCUGCUGCUGUUUGGAUGGACCGCCUUCUACCACAAGAUCUGGAUUGCGCCUGAUAUUGGUCUAGCGAUGGUAGGCGCGGCACUCGUCGGUACCACGCUCCAGGUGCAGAUGUACAUGGCCGACCUGAUGGGUAUUUACUCUGCGUCGGCGAUCAGCGCGACUCUCGCGCUCCAGGCACUAGGUGGUGCAGAUAAUCCUGCGACGCCGCACGAAUACCCCCCCACCCACUCCAAGGAGCGGCGGUCGUCCUUCUCGAGCCUGCUGCAUGCGCCGUCGUACGUCACCGAGGCGCUAGAGCAGUGGCAAGAUAAAGAUGCCGCAAGGGGUGCGCUGUACGAGUCCCGGCUGGAGGCUACCUUUGAGGAUGACGACAGCGAUGAGCAAGAGCUUGAAGAGGACCAGGACCUCGAGCGGAAAAGCACGAGAACUUCGGUGCUGCCAAAACCGGUAGAUAAGAAGAAAGGCGGCGAAGGCCCCGAGCGCGACCCCUUCUUGGUGACCUGGGAAUCGACCAACUCAGAGCACGAGAACCCACGGACCUGGACGUACUGGUACAAGUUGCGCGUCCUGGCGUUUUUUGCGACCUUUUCUGGUGUGGGUCCCUGGGCCAGUUCGAUGGCCUCGCCGGCGUCCGACGCUCUGCACGUAUACCUUGGCUUUGAUACGAGCGUCGAGCGUAGCCUGGUCAUUGGCAUCUUUUUGCUGGCAUUUGCCAUCGGUCCCCUCAUCUCCGGUCCGAUUAGCGAGACGAUCGGGCGCCGGCUGGUCGUGUUGGUGUGCAAUGCAAUCUUUAUCAUAUUCAACAUCGGAUGCGCCGUUGCAAAGACACCCGCACAAAUGAUUGUCCUCCGCUUUUUCGCUGGCUUUUUUAGCGGUGCCAUGAUUCCCAUGGGCGGCGGCUCGAUUACCGACAUGUUUGAGCCGCAUCAGCGUGGCAUGGCCAUGUCGCUAUACUCGAUGGUGCCUGUCCUGGGCCCCUGUCUCGGCCCGGUGGUCAGCGGCUGGAUCAUCCAAGGAUGGGGCGAGGACAAGUGGCCCUGGAUCUUUUGGACGUCGACGAUGGCUGCCGGUCUUAUCGAGAUCGUCGGCCUCAUCUUUACGCGCGAGUCCUAUGCCCCGGUCCUGCUCAAAUCCAAGGCCCGCAAGCUCCGCAAAGAGACCGGCGACACGCGCUACCACACAAUGUUUGAGAAAAAGACCGAGACGCUGAGCGAAAAAAUACAGCGCAUUUUGCUGCGUCCCGUCAUCUUUCUCACGACAGAGCUGUCCGUGCUGCUCCCGGCGAUAUACCUCUCGAUUAUUUACGGAUGCUUCUACCUGCUGAUUGCUUCACUGCCGCGCGUCUUUCAAGGCAUAUACCAAUACCCGACCGGUAUCGCGUCGCUGCACAAUCUCGCCCUGGGCGUAGGCCUAAUUGUCUUUGGCCAGGUCGAAGGCUUCAUGAUCGACUUUACCUACAAAAAGAUGUGCAAGAAACACGGUAAUGCACGUCCGGAGUACAAGCUGCCGAUGCUCAUGGUGACCGUCUUUAUUUCGCCCUGCGCGCUCAUCCUCUUUGGCUGGACAGCAUACUACAAACAGCCAUGGAUCGCGCCGGAUAUCGGCCUCGUCAUGAUGGGCACCUCGGUCAUUGCGACCAUCCUCCAGGUACAAAUGUACAUGGCGGACUUAAUGGGCAUCUACGCCGCCUCGGCCAUCAGCGCUACGCUCUCGAUGCGCUCGCUGUUUGGCUUUGCAUUCUGUCUCAUUAACGAGCCGCUCUAUUCGACACUCGAUGUGAACUGGGGCACGUCGCUCUUGGCGCUGAUCUGCGUCAUUUUUGGCAUCCCCUCGCCUUUUCUUCUGUACAAGUACGGCCCUUAUCUCCGCGCCCGGAGCAAGUACUGCAUUAAGGACGAACCUCCACUUGCCGUGUACCUAGGAUAUGAAAAGCCCGAGUUCUUCAAGCUGCAAUGGCUUGCGGAGCAUGUGCUGGGUGUCGCAUUCGACCGUCCUCCGGUGAACGCCUUCAAUGUUGCGAUGUGGACCGAAAUGCACCACAUCUUCCGCCGCAUUCGCAUGGACACGGACGUGCGCGCGGUCGUGUUAUACUCGGACGGCAAGUGCUUUACCGCGGGUCUCGAUCUGAGCGACAGCGUGCUAAGCGACGCGAUGGAAAAGGGAGACGCCGCGCGUGUCGGCAUCGUGCUCCGCGAGCUAAUCGAGCGCUUCCAGCAGUCGAUUUCGUCGAUUGAGGAGUGCGAGCGCCCGGUGAUCGGCGUGCCGCACGGCCACUGCAUCGGCCUCGCGAUCGAUAUCCUCGCGGCGGCCGAUAUCCGCUACGCGGUCAAGGACGCGAGCUUCUCGAUCCGCGAGGCGGCCGUCGGCCUCGCCGCCGACAUUGGCACCCUGCAGCGCUUCCCCAAGAUUGUUGGAAACGACUCGUGGGUGCGCGAGCUGGCAUACACCGCGCGCUUCUUCCCCGCGACCGAGGCCUACCAGAUGGGCUUUGUAAGCAAGGUGCUCGACACCAAGGAGGCCGCGAUGAAGUCCGCCAUUGCCACCGCCUCGUCCAUCGCGCAGGUGUCCCCGGUGGCGGUGAACGGCACGAAGCAGUCGCUCAUCUACUCGCGCGACCACGGCGUCGGCGAGGGACUGCAGUUUAUGCAGUACCUCAACGCCGCCGCGCUCCAGACCGAGGACCUCGGCGUGUCGAUGCAGGCGGCCAUGACCAAGAGCAAGCCGAAGUUUUCCAAGUUGUAG